AUGGAUGAGCAUAAACAAUCUUGUGUUGAGAAUUUUGAGAAAUUCACAUGGAAGGUUGAAAACUUCUCUUUCUUGGACACUCAGUUGAAUUACUACUCCGAGCCCUUUGUCGUAGGCGGUUAUCCAUGGAAGAUUCUUCUCUAUAAAAGGGGUGAUAAUGCAGACGGCUUAUCACUAUUUCUGAGUGUUGUGGAAACUGCUAAUAUGUCUAAUGGAUGGAGCAGACAUGUUAAAUUUAGGUUGCUUGUAUUUAACCAGCACGACAGCAACAAAACAAUCAUAUCUGAUGAGCUAGAGCUGGAGUUCAAUGCAAGGCUCACUGAGUUCGGUCUUAAAUCUUUUGUGUCUUCAACUCUGCUUCAUGAUUCUCAUAGUGGAUUCCUUGUAAAAGAUGUUUGUAUUGUUGGUGCAAAGAUUUCAAUUUAUAAGUCAAAACAUGAGAAGGAAGUGACUGAAAAUCUGGAAGUUGAAGGUAGAAGUCAAACGCAAGAGAAAGUGCAAAGCCACGAAAGUGAACUUGUGGAUUUCAAGGGCUUAGGACAAAUAGAAAAAGCUUUUGUUCCGUUAUUAGAGGAAGCGUGUACUCAGCAGCCUUCACUUAUUGUGUCUCAGCAGAAAAGAAGUGGCAAGUUUAUGGAAUGGGCGUUCAUGGCUUUAGGCAGAGUUCUUUAUUUUCUUAAGACUAAAAAGGUGAAAGAUAUGAAUGAUUUAGCUUGUAAGGAGCUUCAAAUGUUGUGGGAGGAACUUGAGCUAUUUAGUUUUGAUUUGACAUGGCUAGAGCCUCGUGUUCAAUCAGCCUUAAGAAUGAAAAGUUAUUUGGAGAAAUUGGAUGAGUCACAAAAGCUUAAGAAUACUUUGGUAGUUCUAGAGUUGGAAAUAGAGAGGCUAAAGUCAAAAAUAGAUACUCUAGAUGUAAGUAUUGAUGCUGCAAGAGAGUUGAUGAGAAUAGAAGAUCUUGAAGAAACAGAUUUGGAAGCUGAACUAGGAUUUAUGAAAUCGUAA